AGCACCGAGGCCGGGGGGAGAUGAACCCAAGGACCAGGAGGAGGAGAUGCUGGCGCUGGAGCAGGGCUCUUGCCCAGCAGGUUGCUGGCAGCCUCAGGCUGCAGCCGGGGUGGUGAGACAGGACUGCCCGGCCGGUUCCCUCUCUGCUUCAACAGCACACCCAGACAGGUUGUUCGUGGCAGCCUUGGGGUUGUUGGAAGAAACCAGCCAAGCCAGCAGUCCUUGCUGCAACCCGGCCACGCUUUUUCCACAGAGCUGGCCCUAUGGAGCAGGGAGCGUACGGGGCCAUGCCGUCUCCCGCAGUACUGAGAGCAGGUGCCGGGGAAGCAGAUGAACGGCUGGGUGUGCGGCGGUACUUUCCAGCCACCCUCGCAGCCUCCGGUACUGCCAUACCGCUUGUCGCAGCUGUUGACGCUCUGACCGUUUCGGUUUUGGCAGGACCCGGGUGUCGGAGUGAAAGGUGGAGCAGCAGCAAGAACUGUGUCUAGUGCGAGUGCUGGAAAAGAGGGAGAGGAAAGCUUUAAAGCGGUUAUACGAGUCGUUGCCCUAAACCUGCCUUGCACCCGCUGCCAGGACAGCAGGACCUGUAGGCAGUAGUGCAAAGACUUUUCCUUUCGUGCCCAGGGAGAGCUGCAGUGAUCCUCCCCGAGCUGAUUAUUUUACCUUUCCCAGAGCUUCACCAGCACCCGCAGCCCAUUGUUCCCCUUGUACCUUCUCCGACCUUCCUCCUCUCCCCCAGUAGUGGUACCCUGGAUGCACCGAAGGCAUCGGCAAGGCGCCCCGGAGAGGCUCAGCCGGACAACGGUGACCCCAGGCUGGACCAACCUCCCUUUCCCACCAACUACCAGCGGCCCCGGGACGCUGGGCACGACCCUCGGUGGAGGAGAGGGAACGAAACACUGUCUCUCUGGGAUCUGGACUGGCUGGGGACAGCUCAGUCCCGGGGGGAACUGCAUCCCCUCUCCCGUUGUGGGUCUGUACGUCCCCCCCGGCACCGCAAAUCCAGCAGCGGGCAGGGGCUGCGGGCAGGUCCCCGCGGUGCUCCCGGCUGGGCUGUGCUGGGGCUGGAGCCAGCAGUGACUCAGCAGGCGCCCGCCGGGCUGCCCUGCUGUGAGCCGGGCACGGGGGGCUCGGGGAUGCUCCUGGCCAGCCCCAGGCUGAGAGCUGGACCCCCCCUCGCAUGGGGACCACAGGGUGGUUGCAGCACCCAAGCAGCAGCCCAAGGUUUUGGGGUGCAGCGUGCCAUCCAGGAGCUCCUCCCCAGGCAGCUGCAUCCCACUGGUUCCCUGCAAAGCCGGGUUGUAGGGAUUUGGGGAUUUGAAAUCACCCCACACACACACACUGUCUUGCACAAAGCCACCGGUGCCGUCCACGGCAGGUCUCCUCCGCUCCGCCUGGGCACAAAUGCCACCUGCAAGCACAGCCCUGCUCAGCAGCGAAGGGUUAAGUGCCAGGCCAGCUAUCAGGGAAGCUUUCCUCUCCUUUUCCUUGCCAAGGUUUAAAUUUAGUCCCCGCAUGAACCCAGACAACUCGGGCAUCAGGUUGCUCCAGGGCUGGCACUGCCGGGGAGCACCUGCUGCCAUUGCUUCACUGCAAAAAUCCCCCCGAAAGCCGGGACUGAGCUCCGCUGGUGGUGGUUAGGGCCGGCAAGCUGCAGAGACCCUCGUGCCAUGCCGAGCGCCCCGACCGCUUGCUUUGGGUCCCCCGAAAAAAGGCAAAGAGUAGCCAUCCAUCGUUUGGCUCUUGUGAGUCCUGGAGGUGCUCGGUGCCUGGUUUGAUUUCAAGCCUUGCGUUUGCUCCUGACUGCUUGCGAUUAGUUCUGGGGGAGCUGCUGCUUGGGGCAGGGUGGUUUUGGGGGAAGCCCCCAGGACGGGGACACGCCGUCUGUGCGGCGAGGCGGGCAGAGGCGCCAGGAAAGGAGCCAUUGCAGGGACGGAGCAGCAGCCUGGGGGUCCGGCCGUGCCCUCCGCACGGGGAUGGGAUGUCCCUAGAGGGGUCUGCGCGUUCCCCAGCUCCAGGGCAGCCCGGCCCGCUGCGCCGGGGCCCGCGGCCCCGGUACCUCUGUGGGGCACAAGGGAUGCCCCGGCACCUCGCCGGCGGGUUUGGGGAGCAGUGGCGUGGGGCGAGGGGGCAGGGGACGGUGCUGGCAGCCCCCCGGCAGACCCCUAAGGCCGGGGGCGGCGGUGGCAUCCCUGCAACGUGCUUGGCAUUGCCUCCCCUGGGCUGGCGCUCGCUGACGUCCAUGUGAUCGAGGGGCCGCUCCGUCCCGCCGCUGGGUCCAGCCGCCGUGACGGCGAGGCAGCCAGAAGGUCGAGCCAGCGUCCCCGGCAGAGCGUCCCCGGCACCGAGAAGGGUCCCCCGGCACCAGCUGGCACCCCGAGGGUCAUCCCCGCCGCGAUGCCCCGCGGGAAGAGGGACCCCGUCCCGCUCUCCCACGCCGAGCUGCCCGGCGCCGACGGCGAGGGUCCCCGCAGCAGCGGCGAGGGCCGGCGGUCCACGUCGGAGGAGGAGGGCCACCUCCCCUGCCUCCCCCGCGACGACCUCGCCAAGAGCAUGUCCGGCUCUUCCGUCUCCUCUUACCACUCCGCCCUGUGCUCGGAGGGGACGGAGACCUUCAAGGACUGCCUGGAGUUUCUGGACGAGGAGGGGACGCCCACCUGGGACGCGGGGCGACGGGGUGGCCGUGCCGAGGGGGCUGCCCCGGGGCGCUGGGCUCCGACGGGGGCCCCCGGAGUCCCCCCGCCGCCCGGCCCCCUCGCCCGCCCGCAGCGGGCUCAGCUGUCCCUCGCGGCUAAGAAUAGCCCGGGGCAGGGGGGCAGGAUGGGUCCCCUCGGCGGGGACCGGCAGCCCGUCACCGCCGCCGCCGCCGGCGGGGAGCCGGCUCUGCCCCGGCAGCCCGGGGGGAUGCUCGGCGGGGCGCCCAGCGAUUCGGACGAGGCGGACGGCGAGGUGCGGGCACUGACGGCCAGAGCUUUCCGCAGCCUCUCGGGUCCCCCCGGCGCGCGCCUCGACAUGUGCAGCUCCCACACCUCCUCCAGCCUUUCCAACUCGCUGUCGGAGGACGGCGGGCGGCCGCGGCGGUGGACGGCGGCCGGCGGCGAGCCCCGGGGCGCGGCGGCAGCCGUCCACGGCAGGGCGGGCUGGCCCUUGGCCGCCGGCGCGGACGGGGAGCUGCUGGGCUUGCUGAGUAAGGAGCAGUUUGAGUGCGUGGACGUGGAGCUGGAGAGCGGGGAGGCCAGGAAGGGCCACGGCAAGAAGAGGACCGUCCCCAAGCGCCAGAUCCUGCUGAAGAGGAAGGAGAGGAAGGAGACGGGUUUCGGCCCCCGGGGGGAUGGCCCGGCCCCCCAACCCCUGCCCCCCGCCAGGAAGGAGCCCCUCAGCAAGGGCAGGGCCGUCGGAGAGGACUUCAGGCUCAACUACAAGCAGUUCGUGAAGACGGCCUCCCUGGAUGCUGACGCCGGCAAGACCAGAGCAGCCUCUUGCCUGGUGAAAAACGUCCUCGCCAAGAAAAUGCAGUACGAGCAGAGGAUCAAGAUGGAGCAGAAGGGGCUGCGGGGCAGCUCGACUUCCUCGGGGCCGUCCUCUGCCGGCACCGACCUGCUGGGGGACGGCUUGGAGGGCAAGUCCAGCUCGCUGUCCCGCUCGGACUGCAGCUUCUCGGCCGAGGAGCUGCGGGGCGGGGGGAUGCCGGUGGCCGCGGCGGCCGCGGGGGAUGCCACCGCCACCGCCACCGCCACCCAUCCCGCCAAGGGGGUGGUGCUGAGCGAGGCAACGAGGGAGAGCGUCUGCAAGCUGAAGACAACCUUCAACGAACUCAACCAGAGGAUGAAGUACCGGGAGGUGCUGGAGGGCCACCGGCCGCCUGGCGCCGCCGAGGAGCCAGCAUCGGAGAGGACCUGCUACCGGCGAGCGCGCGCCUUGUUCGAAGCCCACCCCGGGGUGGGGAAGGCGCUGGACGUUGCCCCCAGAUUUGAGAGAGCUCUGAAGCCGUGGCCCAGCUUGAAGCAGCGAGCCAUCCACCCCAGCCACCCCCAAACCCUCCCCUUCGAGGCCGACAGCCCGGCGCUCCCUGCCGCGCCGCCGUGCCGCCUCUUCACCUCCCGGGCGCAGGAGGUGAGGCUGGUGCCGCGGAGUCGGCAGGAGGAGAAGCCGCCGGCAGCGCCCCGCCAGCCGCCCAGCCCCGGCACCCCGGCCCGGGGGUCCGCGCCGGCCACCCCCCCCGAGCCAGAAGAGAAGGGGAAGGGGCGCAUCCCGCAGCCCCGGGACGUGCGCAAGCUGGUGAAGAGCAGCUACAGCCUCUGCUUCGGGACCGUCGGCGCAUCCCGUGGCACCGCAGCACCGGCGAGCGGCGGGGAGCCGCCACCGGCCACCCCGCUUGUCAUCCACUGCACCUCGGUCUGCCGGCGGGAGCCGUCGACGGAGCCGGGGGACGAGGAGGUGCUGGCAGCCGCCGGCCGAGAGCCAGCCGCCGCGUGUGCCGAGGGCCCCGCAAAGCUCCCCGGCGGCCGGCCCUCGCCCGCCCGGGGCUCCCCCGUCCACAUCACGAGGGUCCAAGCCACGCGGAGGGGGGCGGCUGCCGCGGAGGGGCCGCCGGCAUCCCCCCCGCGCCGGGAGCGGAGCGAGCUGAGGGUCCCGCCGCGGGCAGCGCGGGUGGCUGAGGGGGUGCCGCACGUGGAGACCCACCUCCACGUCCUGGUGGGCCGGCGGUCCCCGGCGGCGGCCAGGGAGGGCUCCCCGUCUCGCAGCGGCGCGGUGCUGCGGGCAGAGAAGACCGUUCUCCUCCCGCCGCCGCCGCCAAGUCCCGCGGAGGGAAAGGAGGGACGCGGCCGUGGCGGCACCGGAGAGCUCCACGCUGCCGAGGGGCCCGAGUCAGCGGUGCAGCGGCACGGCGACGGCGGGGACCCCCAAGCCGGACCCCUGGCCGGCAGCAGCGCGUACCCACAGCCUGUGAAACCGGCAGCGGGAAGCGUGCCAGAGCCGCCCACAAGCGAGCGGAGGCAGAAGCAGCCGGGCAGCCGGCCGGUGUCGGCAGGGAGCGGCGGUUCCGUUGGUGGCACCAGCCCUGCUGCCCCGUUUCGAGCUGGGGAGGGCGGCGAAGGUCCCUCUGGCCGGCUGCCGGAGCGGAGGGAGGCCUGGGAACAUUUACCGAAGUGGCCGGCAGCCACCGAGCCAUACAUUCCUGCUGCCCCGGCAGAGAACUCCAACUACUUAGCAAUUCCUGUGAAAGCCCCCAAAUCCUCUCCGAUGCCAAAGCCGCCCUCCGCCCCCAACCCGGCCGGCGCACCCUUUGGGACCCCUUCGGUCCCCAACCCAGCCAGCACGUCCUUUGGGACCCCUUCGGUCCCCAACCCAGCCAGCACGUCCUUUGGGACCCCUGCAGUCCCCAACCCAGCCAGCACGUCCUUUGGGACCCCUUUGGUCCCCAACCCAGCCAGUGUGUCCUUUGGGACCCCUUCGGUCCCCAACCCAGCCAGCACGUCCUUUGGGACCCCUGCGGUCCCCAACCCGGCCAGCACAUCCUUUGGGACCCCUGCGGUCCCCAACCCGGCCAGCACAUCCUUUGGGACCCCUGCGGUCCCCAACCUGGCCAGCACAUCCUUUGGAACCCCUGCGGUCCCCAACCCGGCCAGCACAUCCUUUGGAACCCCUGCGGUCCCCAAUCUGGCCAGCACGUCCUUUGGGACCCCUUUGGUCCCCAACCCGGCCAGCACAUCCUUUGGAACCCCUGCGGUCCCCAAUCUGGCCAGCACGUCCUUUGGGACCCCUGCAGUCCCCAACCCGGCCAGUGCAUACUUUGGGACCCCCUUGGUCCCCAACCCAGCUAGCACAACCUUUGGGACCCCCACAGUCCCCAACAUGACCAACUCAUCCUUUGGCUUCCCAUUAGCCUCCAGCCUGGCCAGCACAUCAUUUGGGAGUCCCUUGGUCUCCAACCCCACCAACAAGUCUUUCGGGACCCCCUUGAUCCCUUACGCAGCCAGUGCAUCCUUUGGGACCCCCUUGGUCCCCAACCUGUGCGGCACAGCCUUUGGGACCCCCUCGGUCCCCAAUCCGUCCAGCGAAUCCUUUGGGACCCCCUCAGUCCCUAAUCCGGCCAACUCGUCACUCGGGAUCCCCUUGGCCCCCAACCCAGCCAGCUCAUCCUUUCGGUCCCCCUUGGUCACCAACCGAGUCCCCACUUCCCUUGGGCACCAAUCAGUCUCCAGCGUGGCCAGCUCAUCCUUUGGAUCCCCUUUGGUCCCCAACCCAGCCGGCGCUCCACUGGGGACCGGUGCGUGUCCAUUGCCUGGCGGGGAAGUGCCCUGGAGCAAACCCGGCCCUGAGCCCACCCUGCCCCAGCCCCCCGAGGGCCCAGCCGCUGCAGAGCGUCCGGUGCCGCUGCCCCCAGCCCAGCCCCAGCCUCGCCUCGAGGAUGCUCCCCAUUUCCUAAGGAGGACCGACGGUGCCUCGCCGAGCAGCAAGAGCACACCAAGCCCCACCAAGCCCUUCGCCCCCCACCUGCCCGUGCACCGGAGGAUGCUCGUCGAUCCCGACAGUGGGAAAUGCUACUACAUGGAGCCGCCGCGGCAGCCCCAGCUGAAAACGCUCUACGACCCUGAGACCGGGCAGUACCUGGAGGUGCUCAUCCCACCGGUGGCAUCGCACGCCGGGCUCUACCAGGCUCCUUUCAACCCCUUGGUCAUGGCCCCGGGGGUCUAUGGCCCACCCUACCUGCCCUACGGUGGUUUCCCGGGGCUCCUGGCACCCUCCGCACCCUCUCCGGCACACCCUGACCUGCCAGCUGCCGAAAACCCCAGCUUCUCCGGGACCUUCAGCUCUGCUCCCAAGGGUGAGGGGCCGCCCACGGCCGGGGGUCCCGACUGUGGAUACCUGGAGAGCCUGUACUACAUCCCCACGGGGAUGCGGGCCAGCCCUGGCCCCGGCCCCGGCCAGGCCCCUGCCCGUGCCAGCCCUGCCGGGGCCGAGAAGGGACCGCUGCUCCAGAUGUGACGGUCCUUGGCCGGGGACGGACCCACGUGGCACGUCCCUUCCCGAGCAGCUGGGCUGUAACCCCGCAGUCAGCAUCACCCCCGGUACGGGAGAGACCCCCCGCUCGUGGCUGAGCCGGCAAAGCGCCGAGAGGUAACAGGCACCGGCUGGACCUCACCGGCUCCUCGUGGGAACGGGGAGAAAAAGGGUAUUUUCCAAUGUGAGCACCUGGCAGUCCCUGGCGGGGGGGGCCUGAAGUUAUGGGCCCCGGCCGGCAAAGGGACCAGAUGCACGGCCCCCGCUUUCCCCUGUACUGCGGGUCCCGUCCUGAGGGCAACCCGGGCUGGUCGGCACAGGGGGACGAUGGCCCGGCCACCGCCAGCCCCCUGCCCACAGCCGCAGCUGCAGCACGGACUCCCUGAAAUAGUAAUAAAAAUGCUGAGACAGCACUAAACCCUGCAUAUUCA